AUGAGCGGAAGAAAGAGAAGAAAUAAUUUUGAUAAUGAUGACGAGGAUGAUUACUAUCAACAUGAAUUCAGACCUCGUAUGCAAAAAAGACAAAGAAUUCCACCUGUGGUUCAGUUAUGUAAAGAAAUGAUGCCAGAUAUCACCACUAUUGGAGAAUCCAAAAAAGCUUUCGAGGAAGAUAUCAAACUAUUGAGUGAAGCUAUUGUAAAUGAAUUUGGUCAUGAUGAAUAUUUUAACAAUGCUCUUUUAAGUACUUUAAGAGCAGUGAUUUUAGAACAACCUCAUAAACAACCUGCAAUUGCACUACUAACCAUUACUGUCAAUUCUCAAAAUGAAGUGACUGGGAAAAACAUUAUUAAUUUUUUCUUUGAAGAAUUACAAAACACAUGUAACGAUACUGUAAAAAUCAGUGAGUUAAAAUUGGAAUCUAACAAUACAGGUCCUUGGAAUAGAAUAAAAUUAUUAUUAAGAUUUUUGUCUUUACUAUCCCCAAUUCUUCUAAACGAUGAUAUAAUCAAUAUCUACACCCAAUUACUCAAUCUUGCAGUGGAAUUAAAUAAUUUAGAUUCAGAAAAAAGAAAUCCAUUAGCAGAAGCUAUCUAUACUAAUACAUUAGUUGAUGUUCCAUAUCUAUUUUACUUCAAUAAGUCCGAUAAAGAUCUACAGAACAAAGUUGAUCAAUUAAUUACUACUGUUGAAGCCUCAUUCAAGAUUAAGCACACAACACUUCAAUUAUUAAGUCAAUAUAACACAUCAGUUGUUCCAUAUGAAACUAUAGAAUUACCACAAGUUUCUUUGUCCAAUGUGAAAAAGAUUCUGGCUAAUAAUAUGGAGCAGUUGGAACAAUUAUUUAUCAAUUGGAAUCAUCUCUUACCAGAGACUCUAAAUGGUGACCAAGGAUUCAAUGACGCUUUAAAAUUACCGACCUGUGAAGAUUUAAAACUAUUUAGCUUCUUUAAUACAUGUGAAAAUGCCGGUUCUGUUGACGGCAUGUGGAAAACGCCUUAUUAUAUUUUCAAAAUAUACCUUCCUCAAUCAACUGGUGAUUUUGAUACUGUAGUUCCAAUAAAUACAUAUGCAGGCCAGUUAUUUAGAGACAUUUUUAUUGAUAUUGUUCAAAGCUUAGAAUUCAAUAGAAGAGAAGUGGCAAAGCAAAUUGUUAUGAUAGACCUAUUUUUUAAGGAAAAAUUCUUUGCUGAACAAGGUAUAUCUAUUGCCGACUUAAUCGAAACUUACGAAGAAGAUCCUUUGGCUAGUACUUAUAAGAUUGAGGACAAUGUUAUAGAAACUAUAUUAAGCUUAGUCUUCAAACUACCAACUGUAUCCCAACCAUUUGCCUAUUUCUAUACAUUGUUAGUUGACAUUUGUCAAAAUUCACCUAAAGCUAUUGCCCCAGUUUUCGGUAGAGCGUUCAGAUUCUUCUAUAACAAUAUAGACAAUCUUGAUUUCGAAUUAAAUUUAAGAUUUUUAGAUUGGUUCUCAAUUCAAAUGAGCAACUUCAAUUUUUCGUGGAAAUGGAAUGAAUGGGAAAAUGAUUCCAAAAGAUUCAGUUCUUCAAUUUAUAAUCCAAAAAUUGUUUUUAUUAAAAACUUGAUAAGAAAAGAAUUGAGAUUGACUUCCACUCCAAAUGAGGUCAAUUCUAGCCUACCUGAUGAAUUUAAGCAAUAUAUGAAUACUUCUUAUUUUUCUUCUGACAUAUUAUGUACAAUUUAUCAGUCAUACUUUGUUAAUGAGAAAUUACAAAUAACUUUCGAAGAUACGAAAUCCAAUGAUUUGAUAUUCAAAAAUGAAAAAUUUCCAUUUGCUAGUAUUGUAUCUGAAUUACUGGAUUAUAUUCAUAAACAAAAUGAUGUCAGAGAUGUUAAUGAAUUAGAAACUAUAAUAGCCAAAUUUAACGAAGGCACCGACCCAUUAUCUAAUCACAUUACAGAUUUUAACAAGUUCAUCGUAUUCCUGCUUACUCAAUGUGUCGUUCAUUGUGGUAGUAGAUCUUUAUCUCAUGCUAAUAAAUAUAUUAGUGAUUUGUACGAAGAAUUGAAAACAGUUUGGGAUAAAUUGGAUAUUCCACAGGAUAUAAGAGAAGCCACAAUUAUUGAAGCUGUCUUAACUUACUGGAACUCCAACUCACAAAAUGGUUAUUUGAUUGUAGAUGCAUUUAAAUUUGUAGGAAUGGUUAGUGCUAAGGCUAUAUAUGAAUUCUGCUUUAAAGAUUGGAAUGGAAAAGUGUAUGGUUUAAUGGAUGUUACUAGCAUUGAUGCUAUUUUCAGAACUUUGUCUAACCAAGUUAAAAUAAUCAAAUCUGAAGAAUCUAUCGAAUCUGGUGUAGAAGACUUUGAAACCGUAUUUGAAAAAUUAUGCAUUAUUAUCAAUGAUGCUAUAGUGAAUUUAAACGUUUCUAAUGAAGACACCAUAAAUAUUCCAGAGAUCAAUGAUACUACAGAAUUAACCAAUUUAGAAGAAUUACAAAGAUUAGAUAUGUUAUGGAAAUACUCCACUGCUGUUAGCUUUGCAAAAAGUUUACUAAGAAAAUAUGCUACUCAAUAUAGACAAUUAUCUGAAAAAUUGUUAACUGGUAUGAAUGCUGCAAUUCCACAUGCUCCAACCAGAAAUGUUCUAUCCACCUGGAUAAAAGAAGUUGAAGAAUUGUAA